AUGGCGGCCGACGACAUCAGCUCCGCGAUAUCGCGCCGCCUCUUCGUCAGUGACCGGUCCACGAAGACACAGUUCUUAAUUGAUACGGGGGCCGACGUGUGUGUAUUCCCACGCUCGCAUCUGCCGGGACCCCGUGCGAAAUCAAACUACGAGCUCUCCGCGGCGAACGAAACAACCAUCGCCACAUACGGAACGAUAGCGCUCACACUGGACUUUGGACUGCGACGGCAAUUCACCUGGAGGUUUGUCGUUGCCGCGGUGUCCAAGCCGAUCAUCGGCGCAGACUUCCUCGUACACAACAGACUCCUGGUGGACAUGAGGAACCAGCGGCUAUUUGACGCAACCACUCAACUCACCUCUCAUGGAAGGGUGAUUGAGUGUGACAUUCCGAGCGUUAAGACCAUUUCAGGCUCAUCGCGGUAUCAUGAGCUCCUCCACCAAUUCCCGGAGGUGACACGACCGGAUGGAGCCUCUAAGGCCGUAAGUCACUCGACGAGGCAUCACAUCACCACCACCCCAGGGCCACCCGUCGCAUAG